UCAAUAUAAUUCCAAACAUGAUGGGAAAGCAUUUCCGGUGGGUAGUAAAUAACCUUAAAAUGCUAAGCUUUGACAAUCGUUUUUUGCCCUCCUUAACCGCAUUUCUCUACAUAACGUGCUUAUUCACAUUCAAAAAAUCAAACUCUUACUAUUUCAAACGUUCAGGUUUGGUCAAAAACGACGAAGAUGACGGGAUAUCUAAAAGGCACAUACCCUCGGAGUCUGAAGAAUGUCAAUACGGAUUGAAGCCUAUGACCGAAGAUGAAUGGUUGUUUUAUAUGAGCGGUUUAAUAGCUAGGGUAAAAAAUGCCUUGAUGGAAGCCGAAAUGACUCUACACGAUGUGGAAAAAGAUAUAACAGUUCCCGAUUUCGUAGAUACAAUUCAUAUAUAUGAACUAGAUGACGUUUUCCGUUUUACAGAAGACCCUCCAAAAAAGGAAUAUAUGGGGAGACUGGAGCUAGUCAAACUAUUUUUGUAA